AUGGAGCCAAGAGCCAAUAUUCCGGCAACUCUUGUGCAAUUUCUUAUGCACAGUCAACCUCGCAGCAGCCGGGGGGAGUUUACUCUACUCAUGACGGCUAUUCAGACUGCAGUAAAAGUGAUUGAAAAACAUAUUCGUUCUGCAGGAAUGCAGGGCCUUUUUGGAUAUCUUAGCGAUCAUUCCUCCAAUGCGACAGGAGAUACCCAAGCAAGGCUAGAUGUAAUAGCAAACAAUGCCUUUAAGGCAUACCUUAUCUCUUCAUCCAGUGUUUCUUUUUUAGGUAGUGAGGAAGAAGAGUCUCUUGUAUUGGUAGAAGGAGAACGUCAGGGACAUUACAUUGUUUUUUUUGACCCACUUGAUGGAAGCAGCAAUAUUGAUGCAAACAUAUCCGUUGGUUCUAUUUGGGGCAUCUGGCGUAUUUCGGAUGAGAAGAAAAUCACGACUAUGGAGGAAGCCAACGAAGUCUUAAAGAAACUCUCAGGAAAAUGUCUUGUAUCGGCUGGAUACGCCAUGUACGGCACGGCUACAAAUCUGGUAUUAACUACCGGACACGGUGUGGAUGGAUUCACCUUGGACCCUACUAUUGGUGAAUUCAUUCAUACACAUCCACAUAUUACACUUCCAGCGUCCCGUGCUAUAUACAGUGUUAAUGAAGGAAACUUUUGUAAUUGGGAGCCAUGGUUUCAGAAGUAUAUGAAUCACGUGAAGGCAGGAUCUAAGUUAUACACUGCACGUUAUAUAGGUUCAAUGGUUGCAGAUGUUCAUCGAACAUUACUUUAUGGCGGUAUUUUUUGUUAUCCCAGCGAUCUUAAACGACCAGAGGGGAAGAUACGACUCUUGUAUGAAGCUGCCCCAUUGGCAAUGCUUGUAGAGCAGGCUGGCGGUAAAGCGUCUACAGGCAAAGGACGUGUGCUUGAUGUUAUGCCAAAGAAACCUCACCAGCGUGUGGCUGUCUACAUGGGGAGUAGAGAAGAAGUAAAUUUAUGCCUUUCAUUCCAGAAGAGUGAGCAGAAGCAGUCAACCAGUAAACUUUAA